AUGUCCAACAAUACCGAUGGAGAUGCAGCCGUGUUCACCCCCACAGAGAUAGUUGGCAUAGCAACAGUAACAGGCGUCAUGGCUGUCCUUACAACGGGAGGUAAUCUUCUUGUCAUCCUGGCCUUUGUCACUAACAGUUCCUUGAGGAGGUUCUCCGACUAUUUCAUCCUGAACCUGGCCGUCGCGGACCUUUUGAUUGGUUGUGUUUGCAUCCCGCCCUAUAUUCCCUACCUGCUGACAGGAGUAUGGGAGCCCGGCAGGGCCUUCUGCAAGAUCUGGCUCGUAUUGGACUACAUCGCUCCUGCGGGAUCUGCCCUUAAUAUGUGCGUCAUCAGCAUCGACCGAUACCUACAGGUGGCUUUUCCCCUACGAUAUAGAGCAAAACAGAGUAGAACUCUUCUGUUGGUGAUGAUUCUUCCCCCGUGGGUGGUAGCUGGGUUAGUGUACGUCCCUGCCAUUGUUUUCUGGGAGAUGUGGAUCAACAAAGACGUUAUUCCAAUCAAGCAAUGCAUGGUGCCCUACUUCUAUAACAUGGAAUACGCUGUGUUUGGGUCCAUGGUGGAAUUUACUAUUCCCUUUGUUGUUGUUGGUACAUUCAACAUACUGAUUGUCCUACGCCUGAGGAAACAGUCCCGUUCCAUUGCCGGUAGGAACAGGAUUGCCCCGAUUGCCCAUUCCUCCACAUCCGGGUCUGUGUCUCCCGGAAACAAGCAGCAGAUACGCGCAGCUCAUGCGCAGACAGUGUCCCGAGAUCAGAAGGCGGCGCGCUCUCUGUUCAUCCUAGUGCUUGUGUUUGGCGUCUGCUGGCUGCCCUUUGAAAUCCUGGCUCUCGUGAAGAGUGUCUGUGGGGAUUGUGUGGAUCCUGUGUUGUAUGAGGUUAGUUUCUGGAUCCUGUGGCUCAACUCCACCGUCAACCCCGCCCUCUACCCCCUUCUCCACCGGCGCUUCAGGAGCGCUUUCAUCCAGCUCCUCCGGUGCAGCAAGGUCCCGACCAGACACGACGGAACGACACACACCGCGGCUUGACCCACAGAUGGAUACAAUGGCUUUGCUAGCUGUCAGUUUGCAGCGG